GCGGAGACCCGGGCGGACCGGCGCCGGGGGACGCGUGACGUAACGGCGGCUGUGGGCGACGAGUGCCAACAGGUCAGUCCAAUGGGGGGGGGGGGGGCUCUGCUGGUUUAGAGGUGUAGUGUGCAAUCAAGGUCAGGUGAUGUUUAAGCAUUGGGCAAUUUUUGUGUGAAGUAUUGUAGCAGUGAUAAAAUGGAUUGGAUGCAAGAUUGAAAGCAGUUUGAAAGUGUGUUGCCCAUGGUUGUCAUCUGUGAUUUCGGAUCAUUCAAUACGCGCUGAGCAUUUACUCUGUGUGCAAUACUUUGUAGUGUUCCAUAGUUUUGUUAUGUUGAUGGCUUUUAAUGGCUGUGAUGUAUGUGCGAUGCAACCUUUGAUCGUGUCAACAUGAUUUGAAACGGUUUAACUAUAACCUUCAUGUUUGAGGCCAAUCUUGCUUAAUAAAUUACAUAUAAUACAAAUAUGAGGCAUAUCGGUGGCCACAUUUAUAGUGGACGUGGGUGUAUGGAGAUAUGUUUGCGUACACGAGCAAGGGGUAAAAAGGGUGUCCUCGCGAAUCCUCCCGCCACGGCACGGGGCGGCGUGCUUACAUCAGAGCCAAUCUGCCACCGCAUGACUUCAGAGCAGGGUCUUCAAUCUUCCUGAACCACGGUUAUUGCACAGUCGUAGGAGUAAUCGGGGUGUUGUUACCCGUUGGGUUAUUGCACUCUGGCGUUUGCUAAGUUACCUAUCAGCCUCCGUUAUAUUGCGGUCACUGCGAUAGCGCGUUUUUAUUGACUAGUGUCACGCUGCGGCUCGAUAGAAGUAAUCUUGCCGUCGACUGUGGUGUGGUAGUGGCACCACUGCACCAAGAGUGAGCAGGAUUUGUGCUUGUUAGCUUAACAGUCAUUCAUUCCAGAGUUUACAAACGUAUUCGAUACCUACCUACCAAGAGGCAUCAAAGCUUUAUUUCUUCAACUCAUUGUUGCUCGAUCUGCUUUGGAAAGUUGGUUCAGUAGAUGCAUUGUUAUCAUGAAGUCACGUACCAAGCGCUGUUGAUCAUAAAGCCUUUCAUUAUCAUCUCUCAGAAAACUUUUCUCGGUCAUCCCAUGGGUGAUGGGUGUUUAUCAAUUGCCUCAUUUCACUCAACCCAGCGAUAAGGCCAGUUAUCUUUCAUCUUAAUUCAGAACCCUACAAAACAUCUAAACAGCGAAAAUGUGCCAAUUAGAAACCUGCAGCAGUUAUUAGAAAAGUCGGCCACCCACCGGCCGGCGCUCUGACUGACCGGACCGACCCGGGCCCCGGGCGGGGUGAAAAGGGUGCCGGCACACUGAGCGUGUCACGGGGCGGCCCCGCUGCCCCGCCUGCCCGCACUGCGCCGUCCAAUUUCGUCCGGCGCCGGCGCUGUUUUGCCUGUCGCCGUCUCGGAGCGGCACGCGACUCGGCACGGUGGGUUAAUUUGCCCGACUGCGGCGCCUACAAGUUGUUUAGAGGCGGGUUAUUUAGGCGCUCGGAUGACGGCAGCUGUGGUCAGUACCAGGGGAUAAGCUGAUUUGGUCGGUGACGCUCCGGUGGUGAGCUCAUCUUGUGGCUCAUAUCAGGGACGUUCUACUGCAGUAGUCGAAUUGCUUUACUUAUCAUCAUAGCACGGCGCUAAUAGAAAAGCAGCAGACUUGAACUGUGCCAUCGUCGGCUGCUAUAGACUUUGGAAGGAGUCUCCUGUCAACUGCCAACUUUUGUGCAGCCGUCCUACUCCUCGCUCGCCACCAUCCCUUACCCCCUGCCGGUCCGUCCCGCCCUCUCGCCGCUUCCCCCGCUGCUCUUCUCGCGUCUGUCGCCGCUCCCCGCCGCUGCCAUGGUCGUGUGGCCGGCCCUGGCUGGGUACGCCGGCUGGCACCUGGCGCCGCUGCUCGCUCCGUCUCGCCUGAAGCUGCUCUCGACCGCUCUGGUGGCCAGCGGCUUCCUGCUGACGCUAGUGAUCAUCAACAGCUACCAGCUGGCCAACAAGAACACGCUGCUGCUGAGUCUGAAGGGGACGACCACCACGACCACGACGACUACCACAGCCAGCACGGUGGACAAGCGGACGGCGCUGUGUUUCGCCGACCAGUUUAACGGCGCCCAGGCGAACCCGUACCUGGUGCUGACCCAGACGGACGGCGAGGCGGUGGUGGUGCGUGGCGUGGGGGUCGGAGCGCUGGUCACCGGCGCCGCCGCGCUGCCGCUGCUGCUCAAACAGGGCGGGGACGUCAGCUGCUCGCUGGCCACCGUCGAGACGCUGGCCGCCGACGGAGCGUUCGACCUGUCGCAGACGGUGUACUCUGUGACGGUGCCGACGAGCUACUCCAUCGGCAGCACGGGCACCGACAUAGUCGGUAUGAACUUGGCUCUAGACAGCCUGCCCAAUGGGUGUUGCACCAUCACCAGAAUAGCCUAGCUAGUCUAUCCUAGGGUAGUUAGCCCGUAGUAUCGCUUGGUUUAGAUGCACUGCCUUCUUUUUACUUCUUUUUUUUUGCCCUUGCAUGGACUUCUAAGUUAACUUUCGCAUUUCUUAUUUUGCUAUUGGUUAUUACUUUACUUGCCGCUCCCUGUAUAGCUGACCCUAGCACAGCUCGCUGGAAAACUCAAAGCGGUGUUGUUCCCGUGGCUCUGUCGUUCCAUCACGUUGUUCACGCGGUGUCAACUGGCGCGUCGGGUGGCCGGAACGACUGUGUGAUUCGACUGAACUGUCCGGUUGGACCUGGAGACGUCUCUCAGAACGACAUUCAUUCCGGAUCCUGGAGCAUCCAUCCCUGUCGUGUCGGGUCGGUGAAAUCGUUAGAAAUUGACAACAGAGAGUGUGCGGUUGCGACAGUGCACAGGUAGCCAGGAAUUAAACUGUUUUCGUUAUUUGAGCCACUUGCAAUAAUGCGUCCGACUGGCGUAUUCAUUGGUCAUGAAAAAUUGCGUUCCAUGUUCCUGCCACUUGAGACAUACUCCAAGAAGUAUGUAAGAAUAUAUUUAAAUAAUCGUAGCACUCGUUGUUAUAGAAAGAAGUGCCUAGUCGGCGACCAGAAACGAACA